AUGGAUCAUGAUUUGCAAGCUAAUACCACCAAGAAUCCUCCCAGGAAGGUGAAAUUUGCCCCAAAACGUCCUCCCAAGAGAGAGCCAAAACCCAUCCCACCCAAAGUUGACAAAGCUGAAAAUGAUAUUGAUGCCGCCAAGGCAGAGCAACUUCUGCGCCGCUUUAAUGAAGCAUCCCUGAGGGAUCAGAAGCCGAAAGUCGAGAGGAAAGUGGGGCCCACACAAGUCUCAUUUGGCUUCGGAGGAUCAUCUUCUUCGACCCUCAAGUCGUACGGUGUGCCCAAGGCCAUCAACAAUAAGCAGGGCUCGUCUUCUGAAGGUGUUUUCGAGCAGCAGAGAGAAUAUAAGGAACCGUGGGACUAUUACACCUAUUAUCCCGUAACUCUUCCAUUGAGAAGGCCAUACGCGGGAAAUCCAGAAACACUUGAUGAAGAAGAAUUCGGAGAAGAUUCACAGGCAUCGGCUUAUGAUGAAAACGUGACGAAGCCAGCGGAAGAGCUUGGUUUACUGGAUGAAGAUACAGAGGAUAGCAUGUUAUUCUUUCAGUUACCGUCAUCAAUGCCCAUGCUGAACAAACCUACUGAUGACGAGGCCAAAGGGCCCGAAAAUAAUGGAAAGCCCGCCAAGGGAAAAGCCCCUUCUCUAAAGGCGUGUAGCUUGGAAGCACUUCCGGCCGGCCACAUGGGCAAGUUGCUGGUUUACAAGAGUGGUGCCGUGAAAUUGAAACUUGGCGAGACAUUAUAUGAUGUAUCUUCGGGUUUGAAUUGUGUGUUUGCUCAAGAUGUUUUUGCAGUGAAUACGGACGAGAAACAAUGUUGCAACAUUGGGGAGCUCAAAAGGCGUGCUGUUAUAACACCCGACAUAGACAGUAUCUUAGAUUCUAUGUCCGAGUUGUGA